UUUUUUUUUUUGAUAAUCCAGGUUAUAUAUAUUUUAUAUGGUAUAGGCAGCGGUCCACUUCACCCGGGAGGGCUUUACCUGGGUUGGGGACAAGGCCCAACACCCAGUACCACAUUUGGUGACAGAAUGGGCAGUUCGCCUCCGCCUGGCGUCGAACCCGUGAGCAUGACAAUUGGCCCACAGGGUCCUUACCAAGUGAGCUACCUCAUCCCGUCUAUAUGGUAUAUAGUUUAGUUUAAACAAUAUUAAAAAGAUAUAUAUUUUUACUACGAAGAAGACUUCUUAGAAGAUCUAUAUUCUAAAUUUAUAUAUAUUUUAUAUGGUAUAUAGUUUAGUUUAAACAAUAUUAAAAAGGUAUAUAUUUUUACUAUGAAGAAGACUUUUUAGAAGACCUAUAGUCUAAAUUUACUAUUCGUGUAGAAGACUUUCGCAUAAGUCUUCUAAUGCAUUAUUUGUUAGAAGACUUAGGUCACCUAAACCCUAAACUCAAAAUAACUAAUUAAGUAGAAACAAACAUUUCAUAAAAUUUAAAAUAACUUUAAAAGUGUUUAAUAUACACAAAACUAAACACAUAUAAGUCUAAAUUUAAUUUUUCAAAAAAAAAAUAAGCUUCCAAAAUCUUACCCUAAUAAUACAAGUAAUACUACAACAUAUGUUAUCAAACCUUAAACCAAAGAAUACCAUGACACACUACAUUUACUCAUCUAUGUUGAAAACAAUUUAAUUUUACUAGAUCUUAAUUUAUAUCAUUUACAAAUAUUUAUAAUUACAUGAUUUCAAAUUUUCCCCUAUCAAAAUUUUUUUAUAAAAUUUAUAAAUUAUUUUUAAAUCUUCUAUAUGAAAAAGCUUACAGAACCUCAGAAACCUUUUCGGGGUUAUAUUCAUAAAAAUAAAUUUUAUUUUUUGUGUCAUAAGAAGAUAGUUAUAAUUUCACAAGGCUUUUGAGUUACUUUUAUAUUUGACUGAAGUUUUGGUAUAUUUUUGGGUUUAAAAUCAAGUUUUGUGUCAUUUUUGGCAAAUUCUCCACUAAAUAUAAGAUAAACCUAAUUAUGAUAUUAUCAGUAAAAUUUGGUAAUAAUAUCUAUUUUUAAUUUAUUUAUUUAAAUAAUAACCCCAAAUACCAUCAUAAAUUUAUAUACCUAAAUAAUAUUUUUUUAAAAUAGUAUAUAUAGAUCAGUAAAAUUUGUCAAUAUGUCUAUUAAUUAAUUAUCUUAAAUAUUAUGAUAAAUAAAAUAUAUUAAAAUAACUUUCAUGAUAUAAAUUAAUUGGACUAAUGAUUUAUCCUAUAAUUAUGGAGAAGGUGAAAAAUACGCGAAAUUAUUUCAAAUAUAGUAUAGAUUAAUUUUCAAAUAAUAGUAUAGAUAGAUUUAUUUUUUUUUUGUGAUGAUUUAGAGUUGUUUACAAAAUAUAUGUAGAUGAAUUAUUUUAAAACCAAGCAUUAACCGAAACAAUUUACUGGUAAAUACCCAAUUGAAUUUUCACCAAAAUUAAGAUUCUGUUUUAAACGAGAGAGCAAAGAGAAAUCAGAUAACCAUAUAUUACAUAUCCAUAACCAUAAAUAAUCAACCAAAAGCAAUACAAAAGAAACAGCCCAAUUUUAGCCGAUGGUUACUAAUUAGUAACAAGAAUCAAGUUCUUGUGUUUAAAAAAUAGAUUUAUUCUAACAGUUCAUGGAAACAAUUAACUCUAUAUAAGCAAAUACAGUAGAUAAACACUUCUCAUUGUGUCUUAAAGACAUUUAUUAAUAACACAAAAUUCUUAUUUGAAUAUACCCUAAACAUAAUAAGAAGAUGACUUGCAUUUCUUCUGCGUUUAAGGCUUUGUGUUUGUCUCUCUUGUUCCUCAAUGCCGUUGCAAGUCGUCCGACCAAUAGGCCAAAGGUUUUUAAUGUCCAGCGCUAUGGUGCCAAAGCUGACGGAAAAGCUGAUAACACCAAGGCGUUCACAAACAUAUGGAAAAGCGCAUGCACAAGGAAAGGUGGUAAUAGUAAAAUCUACGUACCGAAAGGAACGUUUUAUCUUGGUGGUGUACAGUUCGUAGGGCCAUGUGCGAAUCAGAUUGAAUUCGUUAUCGAUGGAACUUUAUUGGCUCCUUCAAACCCUAGGGACAUUAAGAAUGACACAUGGAUCCAGUUCAGGUACAUUAACAAUCUUAUUAUCUCCGGUGCCGGUACACUCGACGGCCAAGGGAAAGAGUCUUGGCCACUAAAUGACUGCCACAAAAACCCCAGUUGUCCUAAGCUAGCUAUGACCAUGGGAUUUGCAUUCGUGAACAACUCAAGAAUCAAUGGGAUAACGUCACUCAACAGCAAAAUGGGACACUUCAACUUCUUUUCUGUCCAUCACUUCAACAUCACUGAAGUCACUAUAACAGCUCCCGGCGACAGUCCAAACACCGAUGGGCUAAAGUUUGGGUUCUGUAGCAACAUUAACAUCUCCAAGACACACAUUGGUACAGGAGACGACUGUAUAGCUAUCCUUUCCGGAACCACUAACAUGGAUAUCUCUAAUGUCAAUUGUGGUCCUGGACAUGGGAUCAGUGUCGGAAGCUUAGGGAAGAACAAAGAAGAGAAGGACGUUAAUGGCUUAACCGUAAGAGACAUAGUCUUUAACGGCACUAGUGAUGGUAUUCGGAUCAAGACUUGGGAAUCUUCAGCUUCGAAGAUAUUGGUUUCUAACUUUGUGUACGAGAAUAUUCAAAUGAUUAAUGUUGGAAACCCUAUCAACAUCGACCAGAAGUAUUGUCCUCACCCACCUUGUGAAAAGAAGGGACAAUCACACGUUCAAAUCCAAGAUCUUAAAUUAAAGAACAUAUAUGGAACAUCGACGAACAAAGUGGCGGUGAAUCUACAAUGUAGCAAGAGCUUUCCGUGCAAGAAGGUUGAGCUAAUUGACAUUAACCUAGAGCAUAAGGGAGUCGAGGGUGGUCCUUCCACUGCGGUAUGUGAGAAUGUUGACGGUUCUGCACGUGGCACGAUGGUUCCUCAGCAUUGUCUGAACUGAUUCAACAACCCAUGGGAACAAUGACCGUGUGUUGUACUAUUUUAUAUUUUAUUAUGUUUUUGUAUAAUUUAUAACUUCUGUGUAUUUGCUUCUUCUUCUUUCUUUUUCUGCUAGUUUUUGAAAGUUUUUGGUUGGUGCAAUAAAGAAGUGAAUACACUUUUAUGUUUUUUCGUCGGUGGUCUAUUUUUUGUUUCAUAGGAAAAAUGAGUACAAUCUUAUUUUAUUAAGGGAUUUUUGCAAAAUUGACCUAUAACUUAAAGUCAAACACAAAACUAACCUCCUUUUUUUUUGAAAAUUGGUUUUGCCCU